AUAGCAGCCCCUCUGGCAUUUGGCAGAACCCACAGAUUGCCAGUCCGGGCCUGGGUGCCAGUAUCUCUUGGCCUGGUCCCAUGAUCACUUGGCCACCCACCUGCCCUCACCUGACUUAUCUCUGUUCAGAGCUUUUUCUGGAUGUGCAAAGCUUUAAAGGCUGGAGCUAGAGAAGUUGGCAGAGGCAUGCCUCAAGAACAGGGGCGUAACUAUUGGGGGUGCGAUUGUACUCGGGCUUGCACCCCCUUGGGGCCCUCUGGAUGCUUGCGCUGAUGCAAAGGAGCACUGAAAAUGUCAUCUGGAGGGGGGUAGGUGGAGCCGGCUGCUCUGUCGGCCCCGGGCCCCCUCAAUCAUAGUUACGUUACUGCUCAAGGACCAGAGAACCCCCCUAAGUUGUGCCUUAGACACAUGCUUUUGCUGUCUACCCUAAGUUCUGGCCCUGGGUGCAGUAUCCCAUAGCAACCAAUAAACCGGGGCAGAUUUCCCCAGUGUUAGUGAACGAGCCCUUCCUCAGCCCAGACUUCCUUUCCAUCCCAGCUGAGAUCUCAUUGCACGAAGUAUAUUUUUGGGUUCUAGGAGGAAACCUCAAUGCAGAUAUGAAUAGAACAUAACAUGUAAACACAGAUAGCACUCUGGUCAGAAUGUCAGAAUUAGGGUUUCCACCUCAGCCCUUUAAAAGGAAUUGCUAAUUAGCUAAUGUGGAUUUAAUAUGUGGCCGGUAUUAAAGGGGUGUGAUGGCAACCCUAGUCAGAACUGAACGCCAACCUGCAGUGAAACAAAGCAGCUUCUUUACCCCCUGUUCCACCACAACUUCAUCCUGGGAUCAGUUCAGAACAGGACACUUAGUAUGAACAUUUUAUUCCCCGUACCCCAUACUCCAGCCCUCAUCUUUCCUCAUCCUGCACUGAACACGUCGGCCCUCCUGUACGUAUGACUGGGAGUCAGACUCUGCUGCCGUACUUUGCGGUCCACUUCAACAAGAUGGGCUCCUUUAAGAGGCCCAGGCCGAGAUUCAUGAGCUCUCCGGCUCUCAGUGACUUGCCACGGUUCUACGCUGGUCGUCAGGCGGUACAGCUGAACUCCAGUGCCAUGUGGAACAGUGUGCAAACGGCAGUUAUAAAUGUGUUCCGAGGAGGGGGCCUGCAAGCCAACGAACUCUACACUUUGAACGAGAACAUCAGACAUUUGCUGAAAAGUGAUUUGGGACCAUUUAUUACUGAUUACUUCCAGAACCAGCUGCUGGCUAAGGGUCUGACCUACAUGGAAGAGAAAGUGAAGCUGUAUGAAGGUGAAAACCGCAUUGUGAUACUGUCAGAGCUGUGGGAUCAUUUCUUCACGGAGAUCCUGCCCACGUUACAGGCCAUAUUUUACCCUGUUCAGGGGCAGGAGUUGACCAUUCGGCAGAUCGCUCUGCUUGGCUUCAGGGAUGCCGUUGUGCUGAAAGUGAAUCUGGGCAAAGCACUGUCAAUGGUGUCCUCCCCAGUCCCACCUUCUAUCCUGCAGAUGCUGCUGGUCCUUCAGAGUGUACAUGAGCCCUCAGGUCCCAACGAAAGUUAUCUAAGGCUGGAAGAGCUGGUGAAGAUGGUGGUGUCCCCAUAUUUGGGUGCCUACGGAGAGAGGAACUACAGUGCCUCUAGUAUCCAUGAGUCUCGCCUCUCCAGGUGUCACUCAAGAACAGAGGCCAUGCCAUACUCCCCGCAUGCUACAAGCUCACUGGCCAGCCAGCGUUCCCUCUCCCCACUCACAGAGCAAGAAGGAGAAGCCUACUUGGAAAAGUGCGGCAGCAUUCGGAGGCACACGGUGGCCAAUGCCCACACGGACAUCCAGCUUCUGGCAAUGACCACCAUCCUGCACCCAGGGAGGUCUGAAGAGGCGGAGCUUGAUGAACAAUGUCUGUUACUUCAACCCACGUUCAGCCAGCGACAGUGCAGCAGUGAGCCCAACAUAGCCGAGGGCCCCCCGGAGCUUCUCGAUGCCUCCCUGGAACAGAUGUCAGAGCAGAAAUGCACAGCCACCAGCUGACGGCACAGCUACAGGGACUGGCACAGGAAAAAUGUAACUUUGGUGCAGAAAUGUCACCCCUUACAUAUAGGACAUCAGACAGUGGUCACCAAACUGUGCUGCAGGAUAGAACAAGACUGAGUAUAUUUAAUAGAUUGUUCCUCAACGUAGCCAAUACCCAGCCUUGCAUUUGGCCAGCCAUUCUGAUUGGCAGCCUUAGCGCCAAGUCACGGCAACACAGAAAGAUUGACACUUCAUCCGCAUCCUACAGAGGAAACUAUGGGGCUGAUAGGUGCAGUUGCCAGUAGCAACCAUUCGCCAACAAGUUUUCAUCCUUACUCUGCAAGUUAUAAAAUCAAAGCAAAGAUCUGAUUGGAUGCGGUUGGUGGUGCAGCAUAACAGCCCUUAUGUAUGGUAGAAAGGGUCCACAUCUAGGAGACGGAAGCAUCAUUAUACUUUCUUGUGAUUACAGUGAAUUAUGGGACUUGCAGUCUAAUCUUCCCAUUGGACACUCUAGUCCCUCUACCGAUCCCAUAGCUGCUGGCUCUGUCUGAGACCUCUCCAGUCUAGGCUGUCUGUUGUGUAUCUGGGGGGAUGCACCGAGGUGAAAAGUGAAAUAAAUGGGAUUGAGUGGAAGUUGGAAACACCAGUAGGUGAAGCUAUAACAGAACUGACACUGGUACUAAGCAUCCCAUGAUUCAGUGCAGCCAGCAGGAAAAGGCAUGGGAAAAGAGAAGAUGCUCCUGCAUGGGGGGGAUACCUUGUGCAUGAUGCAUAGUUCAUAUAGUGGAAUUCCUAUGCUGCCAUAUUGUAUCUCUCUGUACAGACUAUGAGCAAACAUAGGGGCUGUUUCUGCUGAAUUGUGCUUAGUACAGAGGAAUACCUAUGAUACCAUCAUUUUUGGUGUCUCUCUGUGCAGACUAUGACACUUUAUUAAAGGAACAGUUCAGUGUAAAAAUAAAAACUGGGUAAAUAGAUAGGCUGUGCAAAAUAAAACCAAUCAGU